CAACUGGGGCUGCAAGUGUUGCACAGUCGACAGGCUCAAGCGGCGCCGCAGGCGCAACAGGCUCUGCAGGUGCACCAGGCGCAUUUAGCACUGCGGGCCAAGCAGCAGUUGCUGCAGGCGCAGAUCAUGCGAUUGCGGCUGGAUCGACAGGCUAAGGCGGUACAACAGGCGCAGCAGGCGGUGCUGAAAUUGCUGCAGGGUAAAAAGGCUGAGCCAGCACCGCAGGCGCAGCUGGCUCAACCGACUCUCCAGACGCAGCAGGCCCAGCAAGCUCAGCCAUAUCAGUCGGCACCCGAGGCUAAGCCGCCACUGCAGGCCCAACAAGCUGAGCCCGAUCAGUCAGCACCCGAGGCUACGCCGGCACUGCAGGCGCUGCAAGCUCAGCCUGAACUGGAGGUUACGCCGCCACUAGAGGCGCAGUUAGCUGGGCCGGCACCGGAGGCUCGGCCGGCCUACCAGGCUCAGCAAUUACAGCACGUGGCGCAGGACGUGCCCAACGUCCAACCGAUUCUACAAGAGCAG